GCAUGUUCUCCAAUUUUGACCUGCCACGGGCGAUCAAGCGGGCUCGGGCAGGCGAAGACAUAGUCUUGAACGAAACUGGCCAAAGGAAUCCCACCAAGACCUUUCAGAUGCUUUUGUGUUGAAUUCUCCCGAAAGAACAUUCGUGGGUCUGUGUACUGGGGUAGGUACAACUGUGGGAAGUAGGCUGGAUUCCUCGUCUUCCGAAAGUUGUGAUACAUUGAAAUGAGUAUCGGAAUUCUGCCCGCAAAGCCUCGGAGCUCAGCAACGGAAAGGAUAACAACUUGUUUCUUCUCACCACAACCCCAGUCUAUGGUCACGCUGGGACAGUACAAACCACGCGGAGUUGUGAAGGAUGCUCGGCUCUCAUCCCAUUCCCAGUUUGGCAUUCGAAGGACUUGACUGCAUAGUCUGUCUGUAUGUGCACGACACAAGCCGAGGUGUCCUGGCUCUUUGUCCUCUCCUGAUAUGUCGAACACUCCUCCCAUGCCAAUCAUCGCAACGAAUUCAUUCUCAUUUAGCAGCAUGCUGGUUCCUUCGAGGUAUAGCUGCUUGCAUGUCGCCAGGAUCUGGGUGUGAAUGUCGAACUUUCCGUGUCUGCACAUCAACAAGUCUGCCUGAAAGCGUGUGUCCUCGUGAAACUUUAGCUUUGCGGUGCUGACGUCAAAACCUGCAACAUCGCGGUCGGACUCAUGCUCCUUCCACAAGCCGGGAACGACCCAGUCAUGCUGCGGAUCGAAGGUCAACAGGUAGGCCAGAAUUUGACGACGAAGUUCCACAGGAAGGCCCAUCAAGGUAGCUUCGUUUCUUCCGUGGGGUCGACUUGCAUGUCCAGCAUCUGUGAUCUCAGCUGCGAAUUGUGAGAUUGGCUCAGACAUGGCUGCUGAUGAUGUCCUUGGCCCUGCACUCUGUCAGAUCUUCUGCAUCAAGAACAAGCAUGGCCCGCGGGCCAGAAACUAACCAUGAAAUCUGUGUAGCAGUGGGCUGGAGUACACGAUUGGUGAUUCUGAACGUGAGAUCUUCAGCGCGGAGGCUGUUGGAUCAGUGUGAAUGCUGUAAGAUGCAGCGCGGGACCAUCAGAUAUCUCAGAUCUGAUGGAUCACUGAGGGGACGAUGAGAUACCGAGAGGGAGGUUAUCGUAUCUCUUAUGCCUCUCAGAGUAACGCGGGUCUUGUGGGAUGCGGGUCCUAUGAGAUACACAGCGGGUCUCUCAGAUCUGACAGACCAGCGGGAAACUCUGGGAUGCACCGCGGAGGCUGUAAGACCAGCGCGGCUGCUGUGAGAUGCAGAGUAGAGGCUCACAAGUCAGUGCAAAACCAACCGCACAAGAAUUGGGAGAGAUGUUGAAGAUCCAAUUGUUGAAGAGUUGGGAGAAAAGGUGGAAGAAGUUCGACAAGACAAGAGUGUGGCGAGGAAAAAUGUAUUUAUAAUUUUCUGAGAAUCUCACGAUCACUCGCAGUCACGGUCAGGUAGAAAAGAUGAAGACAGACCCAGCAUGUCUCGCAUGUGAAAGCAUCAAUGUAGC